AUGCCGGCCCCUAUACCAACGAAGUCGAUUUGCGAGUUUUUGAAGGCCGGGUGGACAGCCUAUAGGGACGACACCCAGAAAGUGGUGUACGCCGUGAAGGGUAACCAAUGGGUGGGUUAUGACGACGAGAAAUCCCUUAAGGAUAAGCUGUCGUACCUGAAGGGCAAAGGACUGGGAGGUGCUAUCGUGUGGUCCAUCGAUACGGACGACUUUCACGGCAAUUGCGGCGGACGUAAGCACCCAUUGAUGAAGACUAUUAGCACUGAACUC